UAAAUAUGGCGCUUCUUACUAUUACUUAAAAUGUCAAACUAUUCAUAGCAUUUUAUUGAAUAAUAUAAUAUAAGUGUAAUUUAUUAACGUUACAGAAGUUAUUGAACGAAAAAAAAUAUUGAUUUAGACAUAUUUUAGAAAUUGUUUAAAUCUAACAUUGUAAAUAACGAAAGAAGAAGAGAUUCUUGAUUAGAUAAAAAAGUCAUAACCUGUAAUUAUGGAUGAAACUUAUUUCGAUGAAGGACUACCGGGAAAUUUCGAAACAGCUACACUAGAAAUUACUAAAGAACUUGAUAGCAAUGAAUUUAAUAUUCAAAAUGCUGCUUUUGCUGGUAUAGAUACUACAAAAAAGAACAGAGAAAAUGAAACGUAUAUUUCAAGUCAAGUUCCAUCAACAAGAGAUAUAUCUAAUAUGCCUUUCAAGCAUAUAGAUACUCAUUCAUUUUUCUCUGAUAGAAAUGAAGUUGUUGAUAGAGCAUUAAAAGAUUGUCAGGAAAGUUUGAUAAAUGAAGAGGAGAAGGAUAUUGUUGGAAACUGGCUUUUGACAGAAAUAAGUCUGUGGGAUAUUGAAAAGGAAAGACUAGUAAUAUUAACUAACAAAGCUAUUUAUUCAAUAAAAUAUGAUUUCAUCUCCUUAAAAAUAUUAGAAUAUAAUCGAAUACCUUUAUUGCAAAUUGAUACACUUGUUUCGGGUGAAUUAGUUUAUCCUCCUUCAUCUUUAGCACCACGAUUAAGUGGAUUGGCUGAGGGUGUAUCAUCAAUAAUUCAUUGUGCAGGUCGUCAAGAGUGGUCUUCUCUUGUUUCUUGUACAGGUCUUGCACAGUUUGAACCUAGGAAAAGGCACAUGUCUGGAAUAAGAUUGAUGUGGAAUAAAGGCAAUCCAUUACCAUUAAUAAAAAAAUGGAAUCCAUUUGCAAAAGAUAUACCAUGGCUUACUUAUUCUAGUCAUCCAUUAUUUUGGUACAAAGGAUCUGAAGCUGAGAAGGCAAAGUUCAAAGUUGAAGAUUUCCAAUCAUGUAUUAAAGAUUUUUUGCCAUCAGACUGUAGUGUAAGAAAUGGACUUAUUAUCAUAGAAAACUAUUUUGGUGUAGGUGCAUUAGUACAUAACAGAAAUAAUUUAGGUUUCUUUAAAAUUCGUGGAAAAGUUAGUUUUUAAUCAAAUUUGCAAGAAAUUAUAAUCUUUGACUUUUUAAAAUUUAUAUUUCAAUUUUUAAAGCUAUUUAUCUAUUUUAUGAUAUUUAUAACAAAAAAAUAUUAAACUAAAUAUAUAAUUAUAAUUUAUCUAUAGAAAAACAUAAUAGAUCUCCGUUUAUUUUCUAAGGAUUUUAUUGUGAAAUUAUUAAUCAUCUUAUAAAUUUUUAUUAUAUAAGAUAAAUAUUUUCACAGUACCUGGAUAACAAAAAACAAAAAAUAGAUAUUAAGCAUUUAUAUCAUAUUAUGGUAAUUCAUUUCUUAAAUAUAAAACUAUGUUUUGUAAUUAUAUAUUGUAAAGAUAAGAUUUAACCUUUCUUUAUACAUAAUAAAUAAAAAUAAUUUAUCUUUAAAAUUUAAUAAA